AUGAACCUCGAGCUAAACGAGAAAAUUUCUUGCUUUUUCUUAAGAAAGCAAGAAAUUUUCUCGUUUAGCUCGAGGUUCAAAUUUCUUGAGAAAAUUAUUCUUGCUAUUUGAGUAUUGGCAAAGUUACUGUUCCUUAAAUUGAAUUUCCUUAGAAUUUAUUUUUUGGUGAUUCCCAAACCGACAAUGCUAACUCUAAAUAUUAAUUGGUGUUUGAAUUCUUAUAACAGUUUUCCACUAUUUAACAAAUUAGUAUUCAAGAUGCUUUUUUGUUGUGAUAAGAAGUACAAUUUGGACAACGUUUCAAUCUUGUAUUUCAGAAUAAUUUUGAACAAGAAUGCAAGAUGAUUUGGCAUAUUUGAAUGAAUAUGUCUCUGCUUCACACCCAAAUAUGGACUGGAAAUUGAAUAACAUCAAUUCAUUUACUCUGCACUGCGUCUAACAUUUUAGAGUUUUCACUGACCAAAGGAAAUACCACCUUUCAAGCUGCAUUAUUUUGAUAUAAUGGGAUGAGCAGACGCAAUCCGCUUAAUAUUUGCGCAAACUGGGAUUCCUUUGGUUGGCCCUACAAAUACAAAUCAAAAAUUCGGUUGGAGAAAAUGAAUGAGUAUUUGUCCAGGUGGAAGAACUGUUUGGUGUAGCCAGAUCUCAUGACAUAUGCAUUGCCUUGGUUUAAAUGUGAAGAUGCUGCUAAAAAGAGGAACCUAAUGGCUGCAUUUGAAACACAGCUUCGACAUUCAGAUGGCUGGAAGGCAUCCUAGUCAGAAAAGCUAGCGGUUGCGGAUUUGAACAUGUUAUGCAUGGUUGGACUCUUCAGUUCGCUAUUUCCAAAUUCAACCGCUCAGCUAACACAUUUGAAUAGUUUCAAGGUUCGAAUGAUAAAAUUGCCAGAAAAUCAAGGAAUGGAUUGAAAGCAGAUCUAAGACUGAUUUCUAAAAGGGUUUAUCAUUCCGUGUUCUUUACAAAUACAUUUGUAAUAAUCUUGCAACUAAAAAUUGCUGUUGAAAACAAAGGACAAUCGUUCUCACAAUGUUUACUUGAUUUGAAUCUUUACUUUUAUUUAAAGAAGCAAAGGUCAGCAAUACUUAAUUGCAACUGUUGUGUUUAUGGCACUAUUAACAACACUGGAUGGUUCUCCAGUUUUUAUUCCUCCUGACUGCAUUUCUGGUUUUCUUCAUCUGCACAUGUACUCCAUAACAUAUACUCUUUUAUAUCCGAUGAGUCAUACACCAGUCUUUUGAAAACGCAUAAAAGAAAAGAUUUAUGAAUAGUUUGUGCAUCCGUUUCCAUCGGAUGCACAAACUAGAAAAUGAAGAAUAUUCUCCAUAAUUCUCAGUUCUCUUUUACGUAAGACUCAGUUCCAGAUUUUAUCAAAAAGUUACAUUUAAAUCGGAACAGGAAAUUGUAGCCUAA